GGCUCGGUAUUGAUUUUGAGAGUAGGUAAUGGGGACGGGCGGCAUGUAUACAAGAGUAGAAGACGCCCCAGAGAGUUGGAAGGCUCUACCACCUCUUCCCUCCGAGAAGCAACGCCUCACCAAACGCUCUCUUUUUGGCAUCCAAAUACUCCUAUUCGUUGGUGCCGUCACAUUCUUCGUUAUGUUAUACAAAUCGUUUGCAUUUGGCACAGCCAUUGGAUGUGUCAGUGGAGCCGCUCUCUCUUCGUCCAGAGCCCAUUUGAGCGAUACUCCUCAGUACUUCCAGACCAAGCCUGAGCUGUUCGCUGGUCCGACUCCAACUGGUCCCGCUCCAUUCUUAGCACAAACCAAUCCUGCUCCUUUCUUGGGCACAUCCUACAUCCCGAACAGUCCCCUGGAGACACAAAUUCCAAUCGCUGGCAACAAAAAUGACUCGAAUAUCUUUCAGAUGAUGGGUCAACUCUCUCACUACUUUCCCAACCCUGUCGGGUUUGGCGUGGACGAAUACUCGCUCCCUCCUGGUGCUGAGAUCGUUCAAUUAAACAUGUUGUCUCGUCACGGAUCUAGAUAUCCUACCACUGGAUCUGGUGCCUUCAAGUUCGGCCAAAAGCACAAAAACAUGACCGGUGAUGUAAGGUACACCGGCGAACUUUCCUUUUUGAACGACUGGAAUUAUCAGUUGGGCGCUGAGAUUCUCGUACCUAUCGGCAAGCAGGAGCUUUUCGAUUCUGGCACCCUCCACUACUAUCAAUACGGACAUCUCUACCCAAACAAUGGCAGCAAGAUCAUUGCCAGAAGCACAACUCAAGAUCGUAUGACAAAGUCUGCAGAAUACUUCCUGGCUGGCUUCUUUGGACUCGAAUGGCCUACCAAUGUUACCUUGCUACUCGCCAUCGAAGACUCCACUGGUGUUUGGAACAACUCGCUAGCCGGAUACUACAAUUGCAACAACAGUAACAACUACCGUAGUGCCGGUGGUAAUAACGCUACUAUCGAGUGGUACGAAACGUAUCUUGCCGAUGCUACUGCACGUCUGCAAAAGCUGGCCCCAGGCUUCGGUUGGACACCCAAGGAUUCGUACGAUGCACAAUCACUGUGUGCUUACGAAACUGUAGCUUACGGCUACUCUCAAUUCUGCGGCCUGUUCACCUACGAAGAGUGGCAAGGAUAUGAAUACAGCAUUGAUAUACAAUUCGCUGGCAACAACGCUUUCCAGUCUCCCACUGGUCGUGCUGUCGGUAUCGGAUACGUGCAAGAAGUACUUGCUCGUCUUCAGCAUCAUACAAUCGACUCUCCAAUUGCCCAAAUCAACGUCACACUGGACAACAAUACAGCAACAUUCCCCCUUGAUCAAAGCCUCAAUUUUGACUUCUCGCAUGACACCAAUAUCAUGAGUAUCUUGACCGCAUUUGGCUUUACUCAGUUCGCUCAGUUCUUGCCAUCUGACCGUAUCGUCCCUCAUGAAUUGGUUGUCUCGCACUUGGAACCUUUCGCCGCCCGUCUAGACAUUGAGAUCAUCAACGCUCCCGCUCCCGUAAAGGCAUCACGCAACAACACUGAUCUCUACGAAGAGGGCAAAGCAACAAAGUACAUCCACUUCAUCCUCAACCAACGCACUAUUCCACUCCACCGCAGUUUCCCUGACUGUGAGGAGCGCGACGAUGGAUGGUGUGAACUCGACAUUUUCCUCGCUGUACAAAGUAAGAGUUUCGAGAUCUCACAGUAUGAUUGGGCCUGCAAUGGAGAUUAUGAGGCUGUUCCUUAUGGUGAGGUUACCAAUGGCGUGCCUACACAGACAAGCUCGUAAAGAUGGGUCGAUACGAGAAGUUGAAGUUGGGUGUUUGUUAGGUUAUUGUUUUAGUAGGAAUAGACUGUCGUUUUAUAUCAUUUUCUGUCAAGGGC